GUGGGCGCUAGCCCGGCUGGUGCAGGAGGAGGCCAAGCUGACCUUCCUGGGGGACCAGCCGCUCAUCUUCAGGCCCGGCAUGCCCACCACCGUCCAUGUGUAGUGGGCGAGCUGGCCAGGUAUUCGCGUCGUAUCAAGAUGACCACCCGCUGGGGGAGGAGGAGCUGGCGGACGCCCAGGUCACCGUGGUCCUGACUGUCUCCGGCCCGGUCUCUCAGGUGGAGAGCGUGGAGGUGUUGGGGGCGACGCUGUUGGAAGGGUCAGGUGUGGCCCAGGUGACCUUUGACCUGCCUGAUGGUGCUCAGGCUCUCAAGGUGGACGCCAGGUUAGUGACCAGCAGCGGCCUGACGGCGUCCGCCACGCUGCUGGGGGCGCUGCAUCACUCCCCCAGGGACCGUCACCUGCAGGUGGAGACCUCCACCACCGACGCCACUCCGGGGGAGUUCAUCAUCCUCCACGUCAGGAACAACUUCUACAUGGACCACUUCAACUUCGUGGUGUUGUCGCAUGGCUUAGUGAUCUACAGCGGGAGGGAACCGGUAGAUGGUCACGCAAUGUCCACCGUCACCACCUUCUCUCUACCGGCGUCCACGGAGAUGGCUCCGGCCGCCCACAUCGUGGUGUGGGUGGUGACGCAGGACGGCCAGCUCGUCUCUCACGCCCUCGUGGUCCCCGUCAACCCGUUAGGAAGACACGAGGUGGGCAUCCGGUGGAACGAGCACAAGGACCACUCUGGGGGGUCGGUGGAGAUGAAGAUGUUAGGAGAGCCCGGCGCCUUCUUCGCCGUGUCGGCCGUGUGGGAGGAGACUCACCGUAUGGACGCCGGUCACGAGCUAGACGCCGCCAGGGUUCUCUACCACAUGCUGGACCUGGAGAAGAACGACACAAUGCACGAGAGGCGAGCGAACGUGUCGGUGCCCCAUCUCCGCCGAGCCGCAACAAGGUCACGCGAUGGUAACGGGGCCAAGGUGUUCCUCUUCUCCACUUCGAUGGCCGGGCCGGACGCGCCCUCAACCUUCAACUUCAGCGACCUCGUUGUGAUGACGGACGCCGAUCUCUUCUACCACCCGCACCACGCCUCAGAGAGUGCGGAGUGCGGGGAGGAGGAGCUGAAGUGUCUGACUGGAGGUUGCUACAGCAGGGCCCAGCGCUGCGACGCUGUCUUCCACUGCCCCGACCGCUCUGAUGAGGCCGGAUGUCCGGUGGUGGAGGAUCCUCUUCGGGAGUUCCGACUCCGUCGCCUGAGUCGCCUCCACCGCUUCUACGACCCCGACGACGGCGACUGGGCGUGGAAGGACGUGCGAGGCUACGGCAGUGAGAUCCAGGUGUUCCCCAUCCCCAAGCGGCCCCAGACCUGGGUGGUGUCCAUGUUCGCCGUCGGGAAGGAGACGGGACUCGGGCUCCUGGAGGAAAAAAUUCAGUUCGACUCGGCGGGACCCUUCAUGCUGACGCUGGAAGGGCCGGCGGUGGCGCGCCAGUUCGAGCAGGUGGGCCUGCGGGCGUGCGUGUUCAACUUCCACUUGAGCAAGGUGGGCGUGCUCAUCACUCUACCAGAGUCCGAUGACUACCGCUCCGUGCUGGUCGAGCAGAAUGGGGUCGUAGCCUCCUACAAGCCCCGGACGGCGACCGGCGACCACCAGCACAUUGUCUGGCUGGAGCCCGGAGAGUCCCGAGACGUUCACAUUCCCAUCGUGUUCACUCGGAAGGGCGCGGUGGAGGUGACGGUGAGGGGCUCCACCAUGAUGCAGGCCGACUAUGACACCAUCACCAUCGACGUCACCUCCGAGGGGGUGACCAUUGGCAAGCACACAUCCAUCCUGCUGGAUCUGAAGAACCGGGCACUUGUUUACGACUUCCUCGACAUUGAGCUGGACGAGUCCCCCAUCAUUCCCUACUCUCUGAAGCGACGGUACAUCUACGACACGCCCAGCGGUCACAUCUCCGUCACCGGUGACGUAGUGGGGCCGGCGUUCCCGCAGGUGCCAGUAGGGAGCAGCUCGAUGCUGGGGCUGGAGGUGAUGGGGGCAGAGAUCACAGCCUACAACUUCGCUGCCAACCUCUUGACGCUUCACUACCUUCGUCUCACCAACCAGAUCAAGCCAGGUCUCACGUACCAGGUUCUGACGGCGGUGAACGUGCAGUACGCCGCCCUGGCCCGCUACCAGGGCGAGGACGGCGCCUUCAGGAUGUGGCCAGAGUCUGAGCCAAGUGUGUGGCUCACAGCCUACUCCCUCAAGACACUUUGGCUGGCCAGCUUCCAGGACUGGGAGAACCUAAUUUUUAUCGACCCGUUAAUAAUCAACAUGGCGACGAAGUGGCUACUGCGCUACCAGACGCCGAUGGGAUCCUUCGCCGAGACGCCCAACUACACCCACCCACUCGACUCCAAGUCCAACCCCACCCCGGCGUUCCAGCUGGAGCGAGACGGAUGCAAGAAUGUGUCGUUGACGGCCCACGUGGUCCUGGCCCUCGUCGCCAUCUUCCCGGGGCUCCACGGCAACGUCAGGUCCAAGGCCAGCAUAGCCAAGGCCAGCGCUGUGGCGUACCUUGAGCGGGAGCUGGAGACCCUUCACGACCCCUACGACGUGGCGCUGGUGGCCUGGGCCCUCACCAAGGCUGACUCCACCAAGAAGGAGGCGGCCUUUAACCUCCUCGACUCCAUGAAGAGGUCGGAGGGCAGCAAGAUCUACUGGUCCCGCGAGCCGGUGAGCUUCAACCCCCUGGUGUACGAGGACAGCCAGAAGCCGUUCAUCAUGCCCAAGAACGACCAGAAGUGGGACGCUCACGCCGUGGAGACCACCUCGUACGCCCUGCUGGUCUACAUCGCCAGGGAGGGCAUAGGCAUCAUCCAGGAGAACAUCGUCAGGUUCCUCGCCGUUAUGAGAGAAAUCGAUGGAGGCCUCAUCUCUACCUUGGACAGCGUGGCGGCGAUGGAGGCGCUGGUGGAGUACUCCUACCGCGCCCGGCUCCGGGACGUCACUGACAUGCGCGUCACCCUCGAGCACUCCGCCAACCCCAACUUCACCGUCGACGUCUACCUGGGCAACUCCCUCGACCUCGCCGACAUGAGGUCCUACGAUCUGGAGAACAUCUGGGGCCAUAUUAGGGUGGUGGGACACGGGUCUGGCCAGGCGCUGGUCCAGCUCGACUACAGCUAUGGCGUCGACUACGAGCCCCUGCUCGACUAUCCCCCCGUCGAGGCCUUCGAGUUCACCGUCGUCUCCAAGUUCUCCGGAAGGAACAACUCCCACCUAGAGAUCACCACCUGCCAGAGGUGGACGGACACGGAGGAGGCUGCGACGAGCGGGGUGGCCGUGGUGGAGGUCCACCUCCCCUCAGGCUACUACGUCAUGCAGGACUACCUCAUCGACCUGGUCAACUCCCGCACCGUCAGGAACCUCCGCUGGGCCCUCAGGACUGAUACACAAGUCAAAUUCUUCUUUAAUCAUCUGGACACGAAUGAAACGUGUCUGACGUAUGUGAUCCAGCGCUGGCACCCCGUGGCCAACCACUCCCGCUACAACAUGGCCAGAGUCUACGACCUCUACCAGCCUGAGCGCUUCAACAUGACGAUGAUCGAGGUGUACCCGCUCUACGAUCUGGACGUCUGCGAGGUGUGCGGCUCUUAUCAGUGUCCCUACUGUCCAUUCUACAGCAGCGGGCCGGCCCUUACCAGUCUUCACCUCACUGUGGUUUUGGCGCUGGCCAUCUCUCUAGCAGUAAGUGCCCACUCCUGAUGCUUCGUCAAGUGCCCUUGUGACCACGACAUUCACUGGUGAUGCUUCAAGCAGUGCCCUGGUGACCACUGCACAUUCACUGGUGAUGCUUCAAGCAGUGCCCUGGUGACCACUGCACAUUCACUGGUGAUGCUUCAAGCAGUGUCCUGGUGACCACUGCAGUCACUGGUGAUGCUUCAAGCAGUGCCCUGGUGACCACUGCACAUUCACUGGUGAUGCUUCAAGCAGUGCCCUGGUGACCACUGCACAUUCACUGGUGAUGCUUCAAGCAGUGUCCUGGUGACCACUGCACCGUCACUGGUGAUGUUUCAAGCAGUGUCCUGGUGACCACUGCACCGUCACUGGUGACCCUUCAUUCUGCUGCUUCCUUGUGACAAAAUGAGCAGCUAGGCACAGGUGUCUGCUCUUUGAGUUACCUGGUGACCAAGGAACAGUUGCUGGGGCAGGUGACCGCACCACAGCUGCCCUCCUCAUGACAGUGAACUUAUCAUCAGCAUUCAUUUUACAGGAAACAAUGUAGCAAUCAAGUUAGCACUGUCAAAGGCCUAAACAAGUGGUCAAAUCAAUGUGGUUACUUGGACACAUUAAUAAAGGACAAUGAACGCGGCAAGUGCACGAACCCAGUCAUUGUAUUCCAAGUGUAGUUCAAGUGUUCAAUGUUCAAGUCCAAACAUUACAAAUUCCUGUUUUUAUUUUGUCGUGCAGAAUGCGUGUACUAGGAUUAUAUAUAUAUAUAUAUA